AUCAUCCAAUCUUAUAUCAUUCACUUCUCCCUUAAGAAAACCAAAACAUACCCAUUUCAAUUUUUUCAACUACUUACAAACUUUCAUCCAUGGUUGUGUCAAACCCUACAAUCAAUCAAAACAUUGAAAAUCUUGAAAUCAACCCGAAACCCCAACCCGAUGAUCCAACUUCUAUAGUUGAAGAAAUUGAAGGUGUAAUCAAGUUGUACAAAAAUGGUUAUUUAGAAAGAUCAAUCAAAGUUAUGUCAAGUGUUUCUCCAUAUUUGGAUUCUAAUUUACAAGUUAAUGCUCGCGACAUUUUUAUUGACAAAAAUGAUAAUAUUUGGGCACGUAUAUAUGUACCUAAACGUAACAAUAAUAAUAAUUCAUUACUACCAAUUGUGGUUUAUUUUUAUGGUGGAGGGUUUUGUAUCGGCUCAACUGCAUGGAAAUGUUACCAUGAUUUCCUAGGAAAAUUAUCUUCGGAAGCUCAGUGUGUGAUUGUGUCAAUAAAUUACCGUCUAGCACCGGAAAAUCUGCUUUCGGUGGCUUAUGAUGAUGGAAUGAAAGCUUUGAUGUGGGUUAAACAGCAAGGAAAUAUAGGUCAAACUAGUGAAUUUUGGGCAAAAUAUUGUGAUUUUUCUAGCAUUUUUUUGGGUGGGGAUAGUGCUGGAGCAAAUAUAGCCUAUAAUGUGACCUUAAGACAUGGAAUGUCAAAUAGUAACAAUAUUAAGGGAAUUGUCUUAAUACAACCAUUUUUUGGUGGGGAAGAAAGGACUAAUUCGGAAAUAUCAUCAAUUAACGUUCAAACAUGUAAAUCAGCAUUGAGUUUAGCGGCUUCUGAUAUAUAUUGGCGAAUAGCGUUACCUUUGGGGGCGAAUCGAAACCACCCUUGGUGCAAACCGUUACAGAAAGAUAUGAAAUGGCUGGAAAAUAUUAGGAUUAUGAUAUAUGUAGCUGAGAAUGAUAUAUUAAAAGAUAGGAAUUUAGGGUUUUGUGAUGUUUUAACAAGCAAUUUGGGGAAUCAAGUAGAAAAAUUUAUUUCUGAUGGUGUGGGACAUGCAUUUCAGAUUUUGGAUGAGUCUACAAUUUCUCAAACUCGUAAGCAAGAAAUGAUUUUUAAUAUUGUGAACUUUAUUGGAAAAUGAAGGAUUAGUUGUUUUUUUAUUUCAAGGUUUAUUGUUCAAUAGAAUAGAAUUAAAAAAAAAUAGAUACAGAAAAUUAUCCUUUUUGUUGAUAUAUUUUCGUUAUUUUAUGAAAAUGAUAAUGUAUAUAUGUUGAAUAAAGUUUUUUAUUCUAUAUUGGAUUUUUGUUAUUUUAAUAGUAAUAAAAAUUGGAUAUAUUUCUUACGAUUGACUU